AUGCACUGGAACUACAUCCACCUCGAUGACCUCCUGACUGUCGCGCGGCACGAUGUCGCGUACUCCUAUGUGCGUGCCCUGGGGCGCGUUUACCGCCAAGCCUUCGGCUGCCCGAUGGGCUCACAGUUCGGGACGCCCCUCUCGAACGGCUUCGCGUUGGCUACCGAAACUGCCUUUCAGUCCGGCAAUAGGCUGCUCACGGCUCGGAGAUUUGCGGACGACAAGUUUGCCAUCAAAGCGGCGGGGAGCGCAGCCGAUACGAUGGUCGAACAUUUUUACCCGGGUUGCCGGCUUGUUCUGGAUACUUCGACCCCGCUGAAGGUCUGUGGCUUGCUUGUCCACAUUCUGGGCACUACGAUCAACACGGAGGCGACGCUGACCGGCAAACCCUUUGCGUCCGCCUACAGUGCCGGGAUGCAGAAACGGCAGCGCGGUGUUGUUCGGGGCCAUCUUGCCCGCCUGAAGCUCUCCAGCACCAUAUUCCCAAAGACCGCACUGCUUGGCACCAUCUGCAUGCUCACACAGCAGGGAUAUAGUGCGAAGAUCCUGCAGCAGGAAUUGAUGCGAUGCCUGGACGACAUGCGGGAGCUCUACAUGAACAGGCGCGGCGUCGGCUGACAUACAGUUUUGAAGUGGCCAUCUGGUUUUGUUCCUGUUAUUCGGGAUGAUGGUGGUGUGUUGGUCGUUGCUGAGUAAGUAUGUAUUAUUACCUCCCCACUGGAUAGCUCGUUUUUACUGAUCUAUAGUGCUAAUUUGCUACUCGGCACAGGAAUGCCAUAGACUGCGACUUUUAGAUCACGCGCAUUACUGAUUCCCGAUAAUAUUAGCUCCCCACUGGAUAGCUCGUUUUCCUUUUUACUGAUCCUGCACGACGCGCCUUGUCCCCCUGUAUUUCCAUCAAUUUGACCGGUAGUACAUCUGUAAAAAUCUCAUGAUCUUCACGUUCUGAGCAUUUUCAUACGUCUUGCCUUGUUCCACUGUAUAACUCGCGGCGUGAUCUCUCUAGCUUACUGUAUAAUUGUUACACUGGCAUGCUCCGAAAACUCCCCACACGAAAACUUUGCUUUGUGUGAAAUUCUAACAGGUUGACAGGGAUUGAAGUUAACUUUGCCAUGCUUCUAGCUUUGGCCUUCCAUGCAACGCACUCGAAAGCUGUUCUCUCUUCUUUGUUGUGUA